AUGGAAAUUUACAAGAUAACUACACCAGGAGAGUGGAAAUACUUCGCAAAAGGCAACGCUAAUAUAUUAUUCAGAUACAAUGGUAGCAAUGAUUAUUUAAGGCACAAGUUAUUAAGAGUCAGAUUAUUGAAGGAAGAUGAACAAUACAUCUCUACUUGUGAACUAUAUGAUUUUAUUGAAUUGAAAUGCAAACCAUUAUUUCCUCAUCAAAUUAUCGAUAUUCAGCUAGUAGUGUUGACUACUGAUUUCGUGAAUCAAUUGAAUAAUGAAGGAAAUAAAUUGAUGACAAAGGAAAGAUAUGGAUUGUUAUUACCUAAUAUACUUGAUGGUGAUUAUUGCAAACAGUUCUUAUCUAGAAAUUGUCAACUAUAUGUUGGAACUGAUACUACUAUUCAAGAAGCCGACAAAAGUAGAAAUACAGUUCCUGAAAAAUUCAGUGACUUGCAAGGUCAAGAAGAAAAGAAUUCAAAGCAAGCAGGACAAAACAACAAUAAUAUUGAUUCAGUGAUAUUUGAAAUAAAACCCAAAUGGUUAUAUGAUAAUAUUUCCUCAAAUUAUUGCCGAACAUGUCUGCUUAAUCAACUAAGAGGUUUUCAAAGACAUUUUUGUCCUCUUGAUUUAUUAUAUGAAAAAACAAUUGAUCAGGGUCUAGAUGAUAUACUCCUGUUAAUACCGCGAGAUUUACUAAGAGAGAUAUCUGAAAUCAAUAAAAUCCCUGUCAAACAACUAUUUAGGAUUUUUUUGAAAAACCCCGAUAAUGUCUUUCAGAAACUAAAGGAAUAUCAGAGAAUCAAUAACAAGAAUGACUUGAUUAAGAAUAUUACUUCCAUGUAUGAUGUACUGCAGAACCUUUCUUUAGUUAUGACACUAAGAGAUGUUGGGAUAUUCAUUAAGUUUGAGAAAUAUAACAAGUAUAAUAACAUUCAUAAUUCACAUAACAACAUUAAUAAUCUAAUCAAUAUUGAAGGAUAUGGUAAAUUUUUAUUAACUUGCAAUAUAUACGAUUUAGAUUUGAAAUCUAAAUUGAAAUACAAACAUUGGCUAGAUACUGAAAAUAAGUUGCAAAGUAUAUAUAAAUCUUCAAAUCCAAAUUGGAGACAUUGCGUCAAAGUUCAUGAUAAUACUGAUAACUUAGGAACCUGA